AUGGAGAUGAACAUAUCAAAGAGAUCAAGAAGGUUCGUGAUAGCUAAGCUUGUGCCCUUUUGCAAACCUGUGAAGCCUCCAACUCCUUCCCAAGACCUUUAUAAUAAUGUUAAUUACACUUCCUCAACCACAACUUCCUACGCUCUUCGACCUGAUUUCAAUAACUACGCUACUCCUCCUCUCCCUCCUAAAGUUAGCUUCCUCCUUCAACCAUCCGUGGCCUCUAACGGUAAAGAUAUGGAGAAGAAGCUGAACAAGAUGGCAGAGAAGCUGAUCGGUAGAGGGAUCAAUGGUUUGGACGAGUGCGUUGACGCUAGAGCCGCUUCUUAUAUCUCUUCGGUUCGUGAAAGGUUUAAGAUGGACCAUUGUGAGAGAGCGACGACGACUGUUAUUAGCUUAGAUCAUGAAGAUGUUGAUCGUUAA